CUUAAAAUAAGUUAGUUUCAAUUCGACGCCCAAAGAGUUCGUACAUUCGCGUAAAAUGUCUAGCUUUGUUUUCUUUAUUUUGGUGAAUUUUGUUUUAAUUUUGCAAAUUAAAUUUGGAUUUGGACAGAGUAUUGAUACAAGUGCAGUGUGUGAUUGCAAUUGUAAUGUGGAAAUAGAUGUCGUUAAGAAAUUUAUGAAGGAAUUAGAAGAGGUGCGAAAAAGUACAGAAAAAAUAGACACGAAAGCUUCGAACAUCGAACAGCAGUUAAUUGAAAAUCGAGCAACAAAUCCAUCGAGUUGUAUGGAAGCUGCAGCAACCAGCUUGAAAAGUGGCGUUUAUAAAAUUAAACUCGAAAAGUUGAAUAUCACCGACUUAGAGGUAUUUUGUGACGAAGAUGUCGAUUGUGGAGGAUGGUUAGUUAUUCAACGGCGUCAAAGUGGCGCAGUAAGUUUUUAUAGAGAUUGGAAUGACUAUAAGAAGGGAUUUGGCGAUUUAACGGGAAACUAUUGGAUCGGUUUGGAAAAACUUCACGCGCUAACCAGCAGCUGUGAACAAGAGUUGUAUAUUCAAUUACAAAGGCGUAGUGGCGAAAAAUACCAUGCAAAAUAUGCAGAGUUCCUUAUAGGGCCUGAGUCACAGAGCUACACUUUGAAGAAAUUGGGUAAUUAUGGCGGAAAUGCUGGUGAUUCCCUAAGUAAUCAUCUGGGAAUGAAGUUUUCAACAUAUGAUCGUGAUAAUGAUAAUGAUGAUAAAAGGCAUUGUGCAAAGGAGUUUGAUGGUGCUUGGUGGUUUGACGAUUGUUAUUACAGUCACCUAAAUGGAGUCUACAAUGGAGAUCAUUUCGGUAUCUGCUGGAAUGAUAUACAAAUGGAAGAAUCUUUAUUGUUUGCACAAAUGAUGAUACGACCAACCCAAAAUUGCUGGAGACGAUUGAUGUUGGGCAAUUUAAAUCGAUAUACCUAAAAUAAUUUUAUAUGUUGCGGUGCAUUCCCGUUGCUAAUGCACACUAUACUCUUUAUAUUGAAACUAUCUGGAUUCAAUUGGACUUUAAUAUUCUUAUUUACAAAAUUAAAAACACGUUUUUUUUCUUUUCAAAUAAAAAUAUUAUACUUAUAAUGGCCUAA